CGUGGAAUAAAUGAUAAUGUGAUCUCCAUAACAACAAGAUGAAAGACGCUAACUCAUCUUUGGGGCGUGUCUUUUAUGCACCACGUGACAAGGUCCUGCGUGUAGGAGCUGCCCAUUGGAUCGUGACAUCACUAGAAGUUUUGAAUGACGUGAAUUGAGGGCGGAAAUCUCCACGUAUGAGACAAGAACAAAACAAUAAUGGCGGAGUGGGGAAGAGGUCCAAGCUCCGGAGCAGUGGAUGAGAUGCUGGACGCAGAAAACAAGCGUCUCGCCGAGAACUUAACUUCAAAGGUGUCGCGGCUCAAGUCGCUGGCACUGGACAUUGACCAAGAAGCAGAUGACCAUAACAAGUACCUGGAUGGCAUGGAUUCUGAUUUCAUGAGUGUGACGGGGCUGUUAAGCGGCAGUGUGAAACGUUUCACCGGGAUGACUCGCUCCGGCAGGGAUAAUCGCAAGCUCUUGUGCUACGUUUCCACAGGCCUUAUUGGACUCUUCUUUCUUCUUUACUAUCUUGUGUCACGAGCGAGCACGUGAAAAGGCUUGAUGGACCCUUCAAAUAAAGACAUUCCAAAUGCACCGCAUCCUAUGACCCAACUACACAGAGGGUCUCCAGCCGGAUGAAGAGGUUGGCGGGUCUAGCACUUUCAUUGAACUUCCCAAACAAGGAAACCUCCAUGCCUAAUCUUUUAUUUAAUGUAAUUAUACUAAUUAAACUGAACACAUUUUACCCUUCUCAAGCUGUAAAGAACUUAAAUAACCAAUACCUUUUAAUUUUGUAGUGUUCCAAUUAUUUAGACAAAAACGUUAUUUAAACACCGUCUAUUAAAGAAAAUCCUUUUUAUAUCCAGUGA